UUUUUUACUGCGCCAAGAUGUCGGCGUCGGCGAUAUUUAUCCUCGACCUGAAGGGAAAGGUGCUGAUCUGCCGUAACUACAUGGGGAACAUGGACAUGAAUGAGAUCGACCACUUCAUGCCCAUCCUGAUGAAGAGGGAAGAAGAGGCUGAGAUGACACCGCUGGUCAGCCAUGGCUCUGCACACUUCAUGUGGAUCAAACACAGCAACCUUUACUUGGUGGCGAUGACCAAGAAGAAUGCCAACGCUGCUCUUGUGUACUCCUUUCUUUAUAAAAUGAUAGAGGUAUUUAAGGAGUACUUUAAGGAGCUCGAGGAGGAGAGCAUUCGUGACAACUUUGUGACGGUGUACGAGCUGAUGGACGAAGUGAUGGACUUCGGCUUUCCUCAAACAACCGACAGUAAAAUCCUACAAGAGUACAUCACCCAGCAGGGUCACAAAUUAGAGGUUGGGGCUCCUCGACCUCCUGCCACCGUCACCAAUGCUGUGUCUUGGCGGUCUGAGGGCAUCAAGUACAGGAAGAACGAAGUUUUCAUGGACGUCAUUGAGUCAGUAAAUCUACUGGUGAGUGCCAAUGGCAGCGUCCUGCGCAGUGAAAUAGUGGGCAGCAUUAAGCUCAAAGUUGUCCUGUCGGGGAUGCCUGAACUCAGACUGGGCCUCAAUGACAAAGUGCUGUUUGAAAUCACAGGCAGAGAGAAGAGUAAGACAGUGGAGCUGGAGGAUGUGAAGUUUCAUCAGUGUGUGCGUCUGUCACGCUUCGAGAACGACCGCACCAUUUCUUUCAUCCCCCCCGAUGGCGAGAGCGAGCUCAUGUCCUACCGCCUUAACACUACAGUGAAGCCUCUCAUAUGGAUCGAGAGCGUGAUUGAGAAGUUCUCUCACAGCCGUGUGGAGAUCAAGGUGAAGGCUCGGAGUCAGUUUAAGUGUCGCUCCACUGCCAACAACGUGUCCAUUAUGGUGCCAGUGCCCAGCGAUGCUGACUCACCCAAGUUCAAGACCAGCACAGGCAGCGCCAAGUGGGUGCCCGAGAAGAACGUGGUGCAGUGGAACAUCAAGUCUUUCCCUGGUGGUAAGGAGUACAUCAUGCGGGCACACUUUGGGCUACCCAGUGUGGACAGUGAUGAACUGGAGGCGAAGAGACCGAUCACAGUUAACUUUGAGAUCCCGUAUUUCACUGUGUCUGGAAUCCAGGUGCGUUACCUGAAGAUCAUAGAGAAGAGCGGUUACCAGGCGUUACCAUGGGUGCGCUACAUCACACAGAGUGGAGAUUACCAGCUCCGGACGAACUAAAGGGCACAGAUGCUGCUAGACGGAUGGAUAUUUUCUCUCUCUCUCUCUGUCUUUCUUCCUCUCUCCUCACCGCUCCGCCUCCUCUCUCUCUGUUUCUCCGGCUCCCCGUCCUCAAUGGACAGCAGAGGACAAGCGCGGGAGGACGCGUGUAUUUUUUACCCCCACUCUGACUGGAAACAAGACUACAUCCCUUCCCGUUGAACAAAACUCAGAUGGGAAAGGCUGUUGCAUCACCUCUGACCCGUGAUUCUUUUUCUCAAGGGUUCCUCAGGACUCCAACAAAUUGUUUUAAUAUGUGAAUAAUACACUGAUAGCUUUGUGACACUGUCUGGUUCUGGCAAGCUUUCAUAUCCUCACUUUUGAUGUGAUAUCCCUUCAGGAUAAUUUAGAGAAGAAACUUGGAGAACAAAAGAUUCUUUUUAAAUCUAGUUUUCCUCAGAAAGAUAAAAACGUACUCAAAUAUAGAAUUGAGCGGAACCUUAGGUAUGUUGAGUUCUCGCCGUGAAACGUGGCUUUCUACUGUGUUAACAUGCAAACCAACAGAUUAUAUAGUGCCAGUAUACAGUAACUGUGAUGGGUCAUUGUCAGUUUUUAUUUCUCAAGGGGCC